CCAAGAUCCAAAGCUAUAAUACUAGCUUCAGUCAGAACGGUCAGCUUCUGCUCCGUUUCUUUGGACGACUUGUGCGGUGAACAAACGAUAACCAUUGAUAUUACACUCCUGCACUGUACCUCUCGUCAUGUCUCCAGCACUCGACUUGAAUGCUUCAGAGCAAAAUGGACAUAAGAACGGUGGCAACCACCCCACCGAUCUAGAGGAGAAUCGUCUAGAGCGUACGUAUCGAGGUGAUAAACAGGGGCUGAUUAAAAUGGAGGGUGUACCGAAGUUUAACAGCCCCUAUGAUGAAAGGGAGUGGAUCAAGUCGCAUAUGGCUGCUGCAUUCCGUUACUGGGGUAAACUGGGCUUUGGCGAAGGCACCUCUGGCCAUAUCACCGUCCGUGAUCCUGUUCUUCCCGACCACUAUUGGAUGAACCCAUACGGCGUGCACUUUUCAUGCAUCACUAAAUCGUCCUUGGUUCUUGUUGGCCCAGAUGGAUACGUUACAAAAUACGGUGCCCAGGCUCCGAUCAACAAGGCUGGCUACUGGAUCCACUCUGCCAUCCACAAGGCUCGCCCCGACGUCGUCGCUGCGGCCCACUGCCACUCCUUGAAUGGAUGUGCUUGGUCUGCAUUCGGCCGUCCGAUUGACAUUCUGCAGCAGGAUGGCUCACUCUUCCACGAUAAUUUGGGCGUAUACGACGACUAUGGAGGCGUCGUCCUGGGAUGGGAGGAAGGCGAGAACAUCGCACGUGCUCUUGGACCAAAGUUCAAGAAUGUCAUUCUGCAGAACCAUGGUCUCUUGACUCUGGGGAACACCGUUGAUGAGGCUGCUUAUAUGUUCGGCCUGUUGGACAAGCACUGCAAGCUGCAACUCAUGGUUGAAGCGGCGGCGGCGAACGGUAUCCCGAAGAGAAUCAUCCCCCCUCAUGAGGCCAAGUUCAAUGCUGAUACGGAGGCGUACUGGGAGAAUCUCUACCUCCAAUUCCAGCCCGAGUAUCAGCUGCUCAUGAAGGAGACCCAGGGUGACUUCCUCCAGUAAACGAGAUUCUAUCUUCUCAGCACGCAAGCCACGACACAAUGUACCAGAAGUUUCCUGUAAGAGCGGAGGUCUAUCAAAUGUAGGAUUAGCUCAUAUGCCGUUUCUAUAUCAAAGCUGCCUGUUGUAUGCACACCGAGCUGCUGUUAAAUCAUCAGUUUAGUAGUCCUGUGAAUGUGGGUUUGGUACACAUAUAGGCAUGUUUAUCUCGACGCCAAUCAUCAAAACAGUGUCCACCAAGGAACACCGCUGCUUGCUCAUCCUCUAUUCACUACCCACCUGCAAUAUGUAACUACU